GUGUGUGUGUGUGAGGGCGCGCGCGUGUCAGUUUGGUGGGGGUGGGGGAUCAUGCCCAUGCCAUGGAAGAAGUCGAGGGUGACCCGCAUCUCCCGCCUCGUCGCCGACCUCCAGUCCUCCCCGCGCCGCGGCGGCUCCCUCGUCGUCGAGACCGGCUUCCCCACCUCCCUCGUCGACCUCUUCGUCAAGAACCGGGAUCGCCUCCGCAAGCCCUCCCGCAGGAAGGAGCAGCAGCAGCAGCAUCAGCAGGAGGAGGAGGACGAGGAGGAGGAGGAGCCCCCCGAGCUCCAGAUCUCCGACCCCGUCCUCACCUCCCCCUUGCCCGCCCACCUCGUCGUCGGCCCCGACCCCUUCCGCGAUCCUCCUCCACCCCCCGCCGCCGCGCCGGAGCUGCCGGCGCCGGCGGCGGCGUCGUUCGGGGACGAGGCUGGUGGGGAUUGCGCUGGUGGGUCGGCUGCGAAUGGCGUGUUCUUGGCGGUGUUCAAGGUUUUUGUGGUGGUGGUCCUGGCGCUGAGCACCAGGGGGCUCGUGAUCGGCGUCACCAUGAGCGCUUUCUUGCUUCUGUUUCUUGAGUUCGUGGGCAAGCGCGUGGUUUGUUUCGUGAGACCCUGUCCCGAUACGAGGACGGGUUUCGAGGGCUUGAUCGGAAGGGCUCUUGCGAUUUCGUCGUCCGUUUGGCCCCAGAAGGGUCUGUCGGUUCCCCGGGCGAUUACCUAUUCUGAUCCGGCGGAGCCGGCUCGAGAGGCCGUCGAUGGCCCGGGCGAUUCGAGCUCGGCCUUGGAGGGAAAUCGGGUGGUGGAGUGUAAGUUUGAGAGGGUAGUGGUGCCCGUCGAGAGCAAUUCGAGUCUGUGGCCGGAUGGCGAAUCGCUUAGCUACGACCCGAGAUGGAGGUGUGUGGAUGCAGAGGGAGGAGAGGUGAGGGUUGUGGAGGAGGGUGAGGAGGAUGGGCGCGCGGCCUUGGGAACCGAUGCUCGCAAGCAGAACCGGAAAAUCAAGUUGAAGAUCGUCAAAUGGAUCGUGCCGAAGAAGCUGAGGACCUCCAAGAAAGGGAAAAAGGAAGAAUGCGAGGCCUACCCCGAAGCGUCGAACACCUUGGCUAGUCACUUGGGCGGCUUCGGUAUCGGGGCGGGUCGAGAGGGAGAGGCGGAGGAAGAGUAUGGCGAGCAGGGAGAAAAUGCAGAUAAAUCAUGCUCGUCGAAGGCCGAAGUCGAAGGAUGUCAGCAACGAGCACAAUGUAGUAACAAAGGAAGUGACCAGUUGUUGGCAGCUGAGACCAAUUUGACAUUGGCUACAAUUUCGCUGGCUCUCCCGGCAUCAGAAACCGGUGCCGAAAACGAGAGGAGCGAAACGAAGCUGAAAUUGGGCAGGGUCGUCGUCCUGCUGGUUGUGCUUGCCGGACUUCUCGGCGGACGGUUUCUGGCCUUUGUGCUUACAUUUGGAUGUGCUAUGACGAUAUCCAUCUGGGCUAGUAGACGAAGCUUUCGUUCAGCGAAGGAUUGAUCUUAUUAACACACGGAUCUCAUCUUUGAUCGCUUAGAUGGUUUUGAAGGAAAAGCUUCUUCCGGCUUGUUCUUCGUCUCGAAGAUUGUAUGCAUUGGAGAUUUCAGGGGUUCGAGGAUUUUAACUUGUAUUUAGAGAGCUCACUAAUAGAAAGGUAUACAUAUGUGUCGGCCCGGUAUCGUCCAAUCGGUCGCGUCAUCUGUAAUUUGAAGUGUAAAUUUUAUACAGAUACAGACUGAAUGAGUAUACUCCUGAGGUUGCUGUC